AUGGCUAUUCUUGGUGUCCAAUUGGAUCCUUUACGAAAUACUCCACCUGAUAAACCAUCAGCACAAUGGCAUAUUCGAAACCGACGCCAGUGCUCAUGUAAUUCACAAUCUGCUCACCGACCACUAUCACCAGUGGCUGCUGCAAAAGCUGCUGGAGUCAAUAUCUGGCGAGACCGACAUCAACAUAUUGUAAACCGAGUAUGGGACUUGCAUCAAGAUAAACUUGUAGAUAACAUCGAUGCCAGAGAUGUCGUCUUCGUCACUCAUAGAUGGUGUAGCCCUGAAGUUAACUAUCGCGAUGUGAUAGAAAGGAGACAACCAAAUAACCAGGCAGUUAAUGUUAGUGAAAUGUCAGGCAAGUUGCGGCGAAUUCGCGACACUUUAUUGGAUCAUACGCAGUACGUAUGGAUGGACACCAUUUGCAUUGACAAGUCAAAUUUAUCUGAGCUUGAUGAAGCCAUCCGCUCUAUGUACAAAUGGUAUGCUAGCUGUGCCGCCGUUGUGCUGGAUUCUGAUACUACACUUGAUGUAUGGCGCAGCAGAGGAUGGUGUCUACAAGAAGGUGCUGCGGCUGGACUCCUUCGCGGAAUAUCAAAAAGUGGGAAACUCGUCACCAUACAAGAAUUGGCUAUUGAGCAAAAUCAAGAUCUUUGUUCUCUUGAUCUUCACUUAUAUUAUCGACCAGGAAAUGCUGCUGAGGUAUUGGCAAGAAUGGACGCGCGAGAAACAACACGCAAAGAAGACAUGGCUUAUGCUUUGGCAGGAAUAUUUUCCGUCCACUUGACCUUAGCGUAUGGUGAGGGACUCAAAUCUCGUGAACGACUGCUUCGAGAGCUAGCUAUCCAGAAAGGCGAUCUGUCAUUCUUAAGCUUC